UCAAAUAGUACAAAACGUGGGGUCUGGGAAGGGAGAGGGACCUCAGGUCUCAGAACACGAGGUUUUCCCCAUCCCCCCACCCCCCAGACUUCGGGAGAUAGCCCUGUGUGGGGGUAGGAGUGGAGGCCAUCUUGGGGCUUUCAGUAGGGAGGCCAUUUUAGGGACAUUGGGGGAGAGGGGAAUUUUCAAAAGGGGUCAGCUAAGAAGACAUUCAUUGACCAGAGGCCCCGCUUCCUUCCCCGAUGUAGCAAGAGAACGGUCAGCCACGGAGGCAGCAGCGGAGGCAGCAGCGAAGGCGACAGCGGUGGGGACGGGUGGAGGGCUGAGAGUUCAGCACCAUGGUGUCCCAGGAGAGGAAAACAGAGGGAACCCUUAACUCCUUGAAGAACUUCCUGGCGGGAGGUUUCGGGGGCAUGUGCGUGGUGUUCGUGGGCCACCCGCUGGACACGGUGAAGGUAAGGCUACAGACCCAGCCGAAGAGCCGGCUAGGACAACCUACCCUCUACUCUGGGACCUUUGACUGUUUCCGAAAGACCUUUCUUAGGGAGGGUAUUGGAGGCCUUUACCGAGGAAUGAGCGCACCGCUCAUUGGUGUCACGCCCAUAUUCGCCGUUUGCUUCUUUGGCUUUGGACUGGGGAAACAACUGCAACAGAAGAACCCGGAUGACGUCUUGACUUACCCCCAGCUGUUUGUAGCUGGGAUGUUAUCUGGUGUGUUCACUACGGCCAUCAUGACUCCUAUAGAAAGAAUCAAGUGCCUAUUACAGAUUCAAGCUUCUCAAGGAAAAACAAAAUAUACUGGUUCUUGGGACUGUCUCAAAGCUGUCUAUCGGGAAGCUGGAAUAAGAGGCAUUUUCAAAGGAACUGUGCUCACGCUCAUGCGAGAUGUACCUGCCAGUGGGGUGUACUUCAUGACUUACGAAUGGCUGAAAAAUGUCUUCACCGUAGAAAGAAAAAUUGGUGCUGCUGGAAUUGUGGUGGCUGGAGGCAUGGCAGGCAUCUUCAACUGGAUGGUGGCUAUCCCUCCUGAUGUGCUCAAGUCUCGCUUCCAGACUGCCCCACCUGGAAAAUACCCUAAUGGGUUCCGAGAUGUACUGAAAGAGGUGGUCCAAGAAGGGGGUGUAUCAUCCUUGUAUAAAGGUUUUACAGCCGUAAUGAUCCGUGCCUUCCCAGCAAAUGCUGCCUGUUUCCUUGGUUUUGAGGUUGCCUUGGCAGUCCUUAAUUGGAUCACAUCUAAGUUCUGAAACUCAGAAAUCUUUAGGUGUCUAGACAAAGGGAGGAGGAGUAUAAUUUCAAGUGAAGGGAAGAGACUGAACUGGACUUGGCAGAAGGUGCUACAUAUUGGUCGGGGUCAGGGUUGGGGAAGAGAAAGAGAAUGAAGAAAUAAGAGCAUUUAGUGGAACUUUGUACAUAACUUUUGUCUUAAAGACAUUCUUUAGCUGGUAAAUUUGUACCAUUUUGAAACUUGAAUUCAGUCUUGAUGAUUUCAGGCAAUUUCAUAAGCCUUUGGAACUGGGAAGUCAGUAGUAGCUACCUUCAAAACAGAAUUGAUUAUCACCUUUGCCAUCACUACUUAAUUUUUAUAAACCUGCUAUCUAGGAUAUCUUCCUCAGUUUUAGAGGGGCCCAGAAUCUCACUAAAAGUGCUAGACAUUUUGAGAGACUGUUCAAGCACCGUUGAUGAGUUCAGAACAUCUUUUAACCUUUGGUUGCACAUGUUGAAAUGUUACAAUAGUUUACUGUCUCUAUUUGUGCUCUCUGGAUGUAUGCUUUUUUCCAUUUAUUUAAUAUUUUAUUUUUCUCCAAUUAUAUAUAAAAGUAAAUUUAACAUUU